UUUUAAAUGACCACAUCAAACAAGACACCUCCUGGUGCUGACCCUAAGCAGUUGGAAAGGACUGGAACAGUACGGGAAAUUGGGUCACAAGCUGUUUGGUCACUCUCAUCUUGUAAACCAGGAUUUGGAGUGGAUCAAUUAGGAGAUGACAAUCUAGAAACUUACUGGCAAUCAGAUGGAUCCCAGCCUCAUUUAGUGAACAUACAAUUCAGAAGAAAAACAACAGUGAAGGCAUUAUGUAUUUAUGCGGAUUACAAAUCUGAUGAAAGCUACACUCCAAGCAAGAUCUCAGUCAGAGUAGGAAAUAGUUUUCACAACCUUCAGGAAAUUCGGCAACUUGAAUUGGUGGAACCAACUGGCUGGAUUCACGUUCCCUUAACUGAUAAUCAUAAGAAGCCAACUCGCACUUUCAUGAUACAGAUUGCUGCUCUAGCCAAUCACCAAAAUGGAAGAGAUACCCACAUGAGACAGAUUAAAAUAUACACACCAGUGGAAGAGAGCUCCAUUGGUAAAUUUCCUAGAUGUACAACUAUUGAUUUCAUGAUGUAUUGCUCAAUAAGGUGA